AUGAGUCGGGACCUCAGAGGUCGGGGAUGUGCCCGGGGAAGAGGAUUUCAGGGAUGGCGAGGGGGAUGGCGCGGCAGAGGUCAGAAGGUAGAGGUGAAAAGAAUGCCUGAACCUGUAAAAUCUCGACUAGUUCAAUCAACGUUGGACCAGUUUAUUCCCUAUAAGGGCUGGAAACUUUAUUUCUCUGAAGCUUAUGUUGACAAGUCUCCUUUUGUCCAGAAGACUCAAGCCUUUGAAAAGUUUUUCAUGCAACGCAUUGAGCUUUAUGAUAAGGAUGAAAUAGAAAGAAAAGGAAGUAUUCUCGUGGAUUACAAGGAACUAAUACAAGAUAAAGAAUUAAGUAAAUCAAUACCAAAUAUAUCUACUGAAUUAAGGGACAUGCCUCAUAUAAUACUGCACUGCAUGGGUCUGGCAAUUCACCAGGUGCUAACAAAGGACCUUGAAAGGCAUGCUGCAGAGCUACAGGUGCAAGAAGGAUUACCCCUUGAUGGAGAACCUAUAAUAAAUGUGCCUCUCAUUCAUGCUAGGGUGUACAACUAUGAUCCGCUGACGCAGCUGAAAAACGUCCGAGCCAACUGCUAUGGAAAAUACAUUGCCUUGCGUGGGACUGUUGUGCGUGUCAGUAACAUUAAGCCUCUCUGCACCAAGCUAGCUUUUGUAUGUGGCACAUGUGGAGAUGUUCAAGCUGUUUCUUUACCUGAUGGAAAGUACACGCUUCCCACUAAGUGCCUUGUUCCUGAGUGUCGAGGCCGAUCCUUCACAGCUGACAGAAGCUCUCCUUUAACUACUACAGUGGACUGGCAGUCUGUUAAGGUGCAGGAGCUCAUGUCAGAUGAUCAGCGCGAAGCGGGCCGAAUCCCUCGCACAAUUGAGUGUGAGCUGGUUCAAGACCUUGUGGACAGCUGUGUCCCAGGAGAUAUGGUCACAAUUACAGGGAUAGUGAAAGUAUCAAGCACAGAGGAAGGAGCUUCUAAAAACAAGAAUGACAAGUGUAUGUUCUUGUUGUACAUUGAAGCAAAUUCUGUCAGCAACUGCAAAGGACAAAAACCAAAGAAUUUUGAUGAUGAGACUUUUCAAAGAUCAUUCAUGGAGUUUUCACUUAAAGACCUCUAUGCUGUUCAAGAAAUUCAAGCUGAGGAAAAUCUGUUCAGGCUCAUUGUGAACUCUCUUUGUCCUGCAAUCUAUGGCCAUGAGAUUGUAAAGGCAGGUUUGGCCCUGGCAUUAUUUGGAGGAUGUCAGAAGUUUGUAGAUGACAAGAACAGAAUCCCGGUGAGAGGAGACCCACAUGUUCUGGUUGUUGGAGAUCCAGGAUUGGGAAAAAGUCAAAUGUUGCAAGCAGUGUGUAAUGUUGCUCCUCGAGGUGUGUAUGUUUGUGGCAAUACUUCCACCAGCUCUGGCCUGACCGUGACGCUUUCUAGAGAUGGCACUUCUGGAGAUUUUGCCUUGGAAGCUGGUGCUUUAGUUCUUGGAGAUCAAGGUAUUUGUGGAAUAGAUGAGUUUGACAAGAUGGGAAACCAGCAUCAGGCUUUGUUGGAAGCCAUGGAGCAGCAAAGCAUCAGCCUUGCCAAGGCUGGUAUCGUUUGCAGUUUGCCGGCUCGCACAUCUAUUGUUGCUGCAGCAAACCCAGUUGGAGGACAUUACAAUAAAGCCAAAACGGUGUCUGAGAACUUAAAAAUGGGGAGUGCCUUGCUGUCGAGGUUUGACCUGGUUUUCAUUUUGCUGGACACCCCAAAUGAAGACCAUGAUCACCUGCUGUCUGAGCAUGUGAUGGCCAUCCGGGCUGGGAAGCAGGCAGCAUGCAGCAGCGCUGUUGUCACCCGUACCAGCUCACAGGAUCACUCUGUCCUCCAGGUUGUUUCAGAUCGACCACUGCUUGAAAGGCUGAAGAUCUUACCAGGAGAAAACUUUGAUGCCAUUCCACACCAGCUGUUGAGGAAGUAUGUUGGAUAUGCUCGGCAGUACGUUCACCCAAAUUUAUCUCCAGAAGCUGCUCAGGUCCUCCAGGAAUUCUACCUUGAGCUCCGAAAACAGAACCAAGGAGCAGACAGCACACCAAUCACCACCAGGCAGCUAGAGUCACUGAUCCGACUUACAGAGGCAAGAUCAAGACUGGAAUUAAGGGAGAAAUCUACCAAGGAAGAUGCUGAGGAUGUAAUAGAAAUAAUGAAAUAUAGCAUGCUGGGAACCUACUCAGAUGAGUUUGGAAAACUGGACUUUGAACGUUCACAGCAUGGGUCUGGGAUGAGCAAUCGGUCACAAGCAAAAAGAUUUGUGUCUGCCCUUAACAGUAUUGCAGAGAGAACUUACAACAACCUCUUUGACUUGCAACAGCUUCGACAGAUUGCCAAGGAGCUACAAAUACGAGUAGCUGAUUUCGAAGGCUUUAUUGGAUCCCUAAACGAUCAGGGUUAUCUUCUGAAAAAAGGCCCACGAGUUUACCAGCUUCAGACGAUGUGAAAAGAGCCGCUGUGAUAACCUUCCUUGAGAGCCCUUUGUUGUUACACCUGGGCUGGGCGGAUGGGCUGGCAGCAGCACGGAGUGUUGAGCUGCAGCUCAGCAGUCAGUGCACUGCUGCCUCCCGAGGUGUGAGAAUCCCUUGGGGAAACCCGCAGU